CUCUACCAAGAAAAACCCAGAGAGAAGCACCCAAAUCCGAACUUUCCCUUGAACCCUUCUUCUCCCACCCACCCAUUCGAUCGAUCGAUCGAGAGAGAGAGAGAGAGAGAGAUGGAUCGCAUAGCAGCAGCGGAAGAGCAAAUAGUGACGGAGAGAUUGAGGAGAAAGCUGAACGAUGUUAACACAGCCGCUCAAACCCAUCUCUCUCCUGUCCAAGACCACGUCAAUUUCACUCUCCAGCAAGCAUACUUCAGAUGCGCGUAUGAGUGCUUUGACCGUAGUAGAACCCAAGAUGAGAUCAACAGUUGUGUGGAGAAUUGCAGUGUCCCAGUCAUGAGAGCCCAGAAUCUGGUUGAGAGUGAAAUGGCCAAGUUUCAGGAAAGAAUGAACAGGUCUCUGAUGGUCUGCCAAGACAAAUUUGAGGCAGCCAAGCUCCAACAAAUCAAAACUGAUGCAAUGAAGGAUUUGGAGUCAUGUGUUGACCAGUCGGUACAAGACAGCAUCAAGACCCUGCCACAUCUUGUCGGAAGAUUGAAGGCCUCUCUCUCGAUCAGCGAUUAGAACAACAUACUCGUGUAUUAUCCAUCAAACUACCCAACCGUGCCUUAUUUUGUUUCAUUAAUUUUUAUGCUCUGGUUACCAAUUGGUUUACUUCUAUUUUGUAACGAGGCAACACAAUGAAUUAUUCUAGCCCUCUGUGUUUGAUCCCACUUCAUUAACAACCGUGAGGGAGCAAAUAGGAUAGAAAUCGCAACUUUUAGAUGUUGCUUUUGUUGACUUGGUUACAAAUUAUGGCAGCAGUCUGAUAAGAUUGUUGCCAUACAAUAAUUUCAAAUGCUGAGCCUGCUAAAUUUGUGUUGA